CGUUUUGCUGAUGGCUGUUUAUUUACAUCGUCAUUCAAAGAGUCAGCGAAAAAACUUUCCACAGGAACUUGGCUCAACGUUCAACAACGACACGGAAGUUAAAUUAUUUUUUGCAAUCAUAGGUUUAUUUUGUAAUCUACAACAUUCGUUUGUGCCAGGGUGGGUCACCGUAGUAUAAAAUUCCAAUUCCUCAGGGAAGAGAUCAGCGAUUGCAAAAUGUUCCAGUUCAAUGGAUUCAACAUGAUGUUCCCGGACCAUUCCCGUCCGUUCAACACCACCUAUAAGUGCUAUUCGGUUUCGAUGCUGCCGGGGAACGAGCGCCAGGACGUCGAGAAUGGAGGAAAAAUCAUCAUGCCACCGUCGGCUUUAGACCAGCUGACCAGACUGAACGUCGAGUACCCAAUGCUGUUCAAAUUGACCAACAACAAAAUCAAUCGUAGUACACACGCCGGAGUACUGGAAUUUGUGGCGGACGAAGGGAAGAUCUACAUUCCUUAUUGGAUGAUGCACAAUCUGCUCCUGGAUGAAGGCGACAUAGUUCAGAUCGAGAGCGUGUCUCUCCCGGUGGCCGUCUAUUCCAAGUUUCAGCCGCAGAGUGUCGAAUUCCUGGACAUCACCAACCCAAAAGCAGUGCUAGAGAAUUGUCUGCGGAAUUUUGCCUGCCUUACGACCGGUGACCUCAUCGCAAUCAAAUACAACAACUACACGUACGAGCUGUCGGUACUGGAGACGAAACCCGGCCCCGCGGUCACCAUCAUCGAGUGCGACAUGAAUGUGGAAUUCGCCCCGCCCGUGGGAUACACCGAGCCGCAGAAGAAGGCCAAAGAGGAGGAACCGAUGACGGUGGAUCCGGCGGAGUUGAUGCCCGAACCGGCCGGCUUUGUGGCGUUCAAGGGUUCCGGGUCACGACUUGACGGCAAGAAGAAAAAGGAAGGUUCCGUGUCGGAGUCGGCACCGGUCCAGAGGGCAAACUAUGUUCGCGGUAUCCCGGACUAUGACCACCCGUUCGGAUUGUUACGAUUUGAUAGGACCGUCCGGAAGGAGGAAUCGAACGAUAACAAACCAGAAGAGGACCCGUUCGAGGCGUUCAAGGGCACCGGUUUCAGUUUGAAAAAGAGUCGGAAAUGAGUUCCGGUGGGCGGUGGUGCGAGCUGGAGAGUGUUUUCUUACUUUUGAUGUAAUGAACUUAAUCUACUACACGAAAUAAAAUCGCAGAUUUGGCAAGUGUGAUAUCGAAA